AAACCAUGUAAAAGUAACUCUGAAUGUAUCGUGAACACGGCUAGUGGUGAGUUUGAAUGCCGUUGCCGAAAGGGUUUCACUGGACCAGAUUGCUCUGAAGAUAUAAACGAGUGUGCACUGGAUGAAAGCAUAUGUUUUAAUGGUGGCACGUGUGUGAAUACGAACGGGUCAUGGUACUGCAGAUGCCCGUCUGAGUACAGAGGGCGUAAUUGUAUGGAGCAUAUCGACCUGUGCGAGGUCAGUCCGUGCUGGAACGGUGGGACGUGCUUGGACUAUGGACGUCGUAUUGCGUGCUUGUGUGAGCCGGGUAAGUAUCCAGAGGGAUGGGUGGCGUCCAAUCCGGUUACAGGCUUCUACGGUGACCUUUGUGAGAAGGGUUGCGUGGGCGGCCCUCCGGAAAGCGCCUGUCUUGAUCAGGAACGGAUUGCUGCGGAACAAGACUACGGACCAAAUGACAACGAAUCGGGAACCGAGGCCGAGAUUGGCAGAAGACUGCCGGCAGAAACAGCAGCAGAACGGCCUUGCCCGCUGCCAAAUUGUGUGCGGAAAGCCGGCGAUGGAGUCUGCGAUCCGGAAUGCGACCGUGCCUUGCCCGCUGCCAAAUUGUGUGCGGAAAGCCGGCGAUGGAGUCUGCGAUCCGGAAUGCGACCCCGCUGUCCGGCGGAGGCGUUUUGUGCAAACGCGUUCCGGAACUUAAAAUGUGAUCCGGCUUGUGCCACGGAAGAGUGCUUAUUUGAUGGUUUCGAUUGUUUACCCGAUGGCGAACGAUGUGAACUGGAGGCAUUCUGCAGGGAGCGCCAUGCGAACGGGCAAUGCGAUCCCACCUGUAAUACGGCUGCAUGUCUAUACGACGGCGGAGACUGUAUUAAUCAGAGCGAUCCCAAACCUGCAACGGUACGUGAAAUUUCCAUUUUCCCAAAAUUUUUUUAA